GCAUGAUCACGUGACACGACGAGGAAGCUGUCGCGUAAACACUGUGUUGUUAGACAUACCAGUUGGCUAAAAAAAAAAAAAGAACACGAAGCUUCAGCAUUAUAAUUAUUAUAAUUGAUAUUAUUAUAGCCAAGGCGUCAAAUAAGAGAUGCUGAUUAGCUUGCUUGCUAGGUGCUGCUGCUAGCUUCAUGGCUAGUACACCAGUAGGAAGCAGAAUGAAGUGGAUGAGAGAAAGCUAACGCUGCUUCAGUCACCGCGUCGCUUCAGGCUUGGCUCUCUGGGUCUGUGGAGGUAAACACACUCAAGGCAUCUGUUUAACUCCAGCUUGGUGUCUGAGACCGUGAGGAUUGUUCAGGAGGAGAAAUGUAUUCAACACAGAGGAAGGACUUUGUGUCUCUGACUUUGGGAGAACGCAGCUACAAUAACAAAAAGCACCGGAGGCAGUCCUGCUGGAGGAAAUGGAAGCAGUUUUCCCGGCUGCAGCGCAGUCUGAUUCUGUCUCUCUUCUCCAUUCUGUUCAUCGGAGGGAUCUUCUCUUACCCCAGCCUCUCCGAGCAAUGGACAGAUCUGUUUGACGGAUCACUGCACGAUGUUGGGGAUGACCUACAGAAGAAGGGUUUCCACCCCAUCCCCCCGGGUCAGAUCUUGAAACCCGUACCUGAGGUCAUCCACAAGGAGCCACCUGAAGAACAGAGACCGAACACCUUUGUCCUUCCCAAACCUGUAGCUCUGAAGAAACCUCCAAGCAAACGUGGUCCUCCAGGCCUGCAGAAACGAGGAAAUGUGUCGGACUGGCAGGUGAAGGACCGACAGGAAGCAGCUGUCGGAAGGGAAGAAGAGCAAGAGGAAGAAACGGAGACAGUCAUUAGCUGGCGAGGAGCCAUGAUCGAAGCCGUGCAGGACGCCGAGCCGCAGGAGGCAGCAGGAGCCGCUGAGGUGGAGGAAGUCGUCCCUUUACAAAUAGUCCCAGUGAACCCAGUGGACAGGGUGGAGGCCGUCAGAGAAGCGUUCAGGCAUGCAUGGAAAGGCUAUAAAGCAUUUGCAUGGGGUCAUGAUGAGCUGAAGCCUGUCUCGAAGGCACACAGGGAGUGGUUCGGUUUGGGUCUCACCCUCAUAGAUGCACUCGACACCAUGUGGAUUCUCGGCUUGAAAGAAGAAUUUGAGGAAGCUCGAAGUUGGGUAGAGACAGAGUUAUCAUUCUCCAAGAACGUUGAUGUCAAUCUGUUCGAGAGCACCAUUCGCAUUCUCGGAGGCCUCCUGAGCACUUAUCACCUUACUGGAGACUCUCUGUUUCUGAACAAGGCUAAAGAUAUUGGUUCUAGAUUAAUGCCUGCUUUCAAGACGCCGUCCAAGAUCCCUUAUUCUGAUGUGAAUAUCGGUAAAGGCACUGCCCACCCACCACGCUGGACCAGCGACAGCACCGUGGCCGAGGUCACCAGCAUUCAGCUGGAGUUUCGUGAGCUCAGCAGGCUCACCCAGGACCCACAGUAUCAGAACGCAGUGGAUGAGGUGACGAAGCUGGUCCACAAGCUGGAUGGGAAGCGCGAUGGUCUGGUGCCCAUGUUUAUCAACACAAACAGCGGCAAGUUCACGCACCGGGGAGUGUUUACUCUGGGAGCCCGAGCAGACAGCUACUAUGAAUACCUUCUCAAACAGUGGCUACAGGGAGGGAAAAAGGACGACACGUUACUAGAGGACUACCUUCAGGCUGUUGAUGGGGUGAAGAAAAAUCUACUUAAACAGACAGCCAGUAAGCACACCUUUGUAGGAGAGCUAUCUCACGGACGUCUCAACCCCAAAAUGGAUCAUUUAGUGUGUUUUCUCCCCGGCACGCUGGCUCUGGGAGCACAUAAUGACCUGCCAGCUGACCACAUGGAUCUUGCUGUGCAGCUGAUGGAGACAUGCUAUCAAAUGUAUGUACAGAUGGAGACCGGCCUGAGCCCAGAGAUCGCCCACUUCAACCUGUACAGCCUCAGCGGCCAUGACAUUGAUGUCAAACCAGCAGACAGACACAACCUCCUGAGACCUGAGACAGUGGAGAGUCUGUUCUACUUGUAUAGAUUCACCCAGGACAAGAAAUACAGAGACUGGGGCUGGCAAAUCCUAGAGAGCUUUAACAAGUACACCAGGGUCCCUAGCGGAGGCUACACGUCUAUAGGGAACGUACGAGACCCGGUGAAUCCCAUCCCCAAGGACAAGAUGGAGAGCUUCUUCCUCGGAGAGACUCUGAAGUACCUCUUCCUGCUGUUCUCUGACGAUCCUGAGCUGGUCAGCUUGGAUAAGUAUGUAUUCAACACAGAGGCUCAUCCUCUCCCUAUUUGGCCGUCAGUAUCAUGACCUACACUGGAGCUGUAGAGGCUUCUAUAUGCUCUGAGAAUCCUCCAGAGCUCUUCAUCUGGAUCAGAGAGCAAGUGGAGCUUCAGAGCAGAACUUAACAGUCUUGCAUUCGCUAACAAACAUUAUCGAGUAGCCUGAACUGUGGCAGCGAAGGAUCGCACUGAAAGAAAGAAAUGGUUCAUCCUGGCAAAUUAAAGGCUGUUAAAUCAUUUGUCUCCAUCCACACAUGCGCUGUUAGAGAUAAAACCCUGGUAUAAUUAGGUUAUUGCUGCUUUUUGUCAUCCUCAUUUUGGAUUACAUGCAUAAGACAGCUCAGAUUCCAUUGCUGUAAAAAUGGCAAGCGUUUUUCAUGCAAAAUGAAGUAUCUCUUGUUUUUUUUUUUUUUAUCUUCUAGUGCACGUGAGGUUUUAGCCGUUCGUCUUGUUGACGUGACAAGCUCUUACACAGGGGACCCACAAACGCAUUUCUGCGUGUUACAUUUAUGAGAUACAGGAUGCAUUUAGGACCACGUUGAACAGUGAGCCGUUUGUUUUUAAGAGUUAUAUUUUAUUUGAUGGCUCUAAGGCCUGGGAGAUUUUAUUUGUUUCUGUUCACUUCAUCUGACAGCUUUAGCACUUUAGUAAAAGCCCAUGACUUGAUUUAGUAGCGUUCCCUCCGGAGCCUCUCGAGCUGCGGCACUGUUUUGUGAUCCGCAUCUUCUUCUCCAGCUGUGAGACAAAAUUCCAGCUAGACUUUUGAUUCGUGACAAAAAAAAAGACCCUUUUUUAAAAAAUGAUUUAAAGGAGUUGUUUGUAAUUUUGGAUGCUUCUGCUGCCUGUGAGGUGAAUUGCAAUGAAAACACUGAGAAGCUACCUAAAGCUUGAUGUAAAUUUCAGGGGUGUUUUUUUUCCCUUUAUCUCGGGACUACACACGCCCGGAGUCUGAAAAAAUACUUUCAGCUCCUCCCUGAAACGCAUUAUAUAUACAUUUGCUUUGAGAAGAAUGUACAGAUGAGUUUGCUGGAUGGAAUAAAAGAUUAAAGCAUCACUCUAAAUAACCUUCAUCACACUAUGAAUAUUUUAUGCCACUUUAGGUCACAUGUUAAUUAUUCAGAUUAAUACGCAAGGGUGGAUUUUCCCUUCAGCGGAUGUAAAGAAGAUGUGAUCGAGUUAUAUACACUGUACUUGAAGACUAUUUUUGGCAGCAUUACCUUACCCUGAAUCUCUGUAUGUCUCUGCCGUGUCAUAUCCAUAUCAUGCUGCAAGUUGUUUUGUUUUAUUUUUAUUUUUUUUACUAAAACGAAAUGGAAACGUGGCCGCACAAAGAAAAGCACGUCCGCUAAUUAAACUUAAGUAGCGUGGGUGGCCCCUAGAGUUAUUUAUCAGCUGGCAUCUCGUGAAUUUGUGUUAACUUUUACCUCGACGUGAGGAGAAAUGAAUCACAUCCUUCCUGAUUCAAGUUCCGUGGCUUCUUCCUUCUUGCUUAGAAGUAAAAGAAAGGAAGAGGAUUUCUUUAACAGUGUUAGUUUAUACUGUAUUUAGUGGAAUUUCACCAACUGAGUUAAACAGAGAGUGUAUACUAACAGAGAUAGCUGCUGGAGAAAUUCCACGUGGUCAAUCCUCCUAGUACAUGUCACCUCCUGCUUAGCUAUAAUCCCUUUCUAUGAGUCCUGACGCAUCUAUGGAGAAAUAUAAAUCGACUCUCAAGUGGUCGAGUUGAGCUGCUGUGUUGUGCAGAUUUCAGGUCCAGAAAAUUGCAUACAGAUUAGUUAGGUCUGUUUUAUAUAUAUAUAUACAUAUAUAUAUAUAUAUAUAUAUAUAUAUAUAUAUAUAUAUAUAUAUAUAUAUAUAUAUAUAUAUAUAUAUAUAUAUAUAAGGCAGUAUUGUUUCUAAAAAUAAUGGUGGUCAAAGCAGGGUCCAGGAAAGAUAGCAAGAGGUCUGUGUUGUUUUCAAGUUAUUUAUUGAGGUGUUUUUAUUUAUUUAAUAAUCUGUUUGGCUGGUCACAUAAAAUGAAUGGACUUGAUCCAAAAACGAGUCAAAUUUAGGAACAUGAAGCUCCCUGACCUUGAAAUAGACUGGCAUUCUGUCCACUCUGCCUUGUGCCCCAAGUCUCCUGGGAUAGGCGCCUCUAGUAGGAUAAGAGAUGUAGAGAAUGAAAGAAUAAAUGGUAAAUAAGGAAAAUAUUAUUUUCUGCAUUUAAAUAAUGCUUGUAAUAUAAAUCUGUCCCGAAGGGUCCUGUAAAUAUUUUUAUUUUCUCUUUUUUAAUAAACAACCCUAAAACUGCACUUUUUAAAUCAAGAGACUGCUUUAACCUUUAACUCAGGACAGAUUUAUUUUAUGGACAUCAUUUAAAUGUACAUAAUUAUUUAUUUAUAAUUGGCCAUUAUGUUAUCAACUCAUUAUAAUAUUAUAAUAAUAUAUAGGAAGUUUAUUGGCGCCUUAGAGCAUUUUAUUCCAGCGCUUAGAGCAGAUUUUUAUUAAACCUGUCACUAGAUUUAUUGUUAUUAUGUAAAAUUCUCAUUACUGAGUUCUUGAGUCUUGGAUUAAAUCCAUUCAGUUCUAGUGACCAGACUAAUAAAUCAAUUUUUUUAUUUAUUUUUUUUUAAAUCUUUGUGAACUUUGGCCUUAAACCACUCAACUAAUGAGUACUUUACUCACCCGUAAGCACGGCUGUUUCGAUAAUUUAUUCAUCGACGCUAACUCGCACUAAAUCGAAGUCACUACUUAACUACUUGGCAAUGAUAUUUAUAAGUACCGUUUGUUUUGAUCAUAUUUUUCUUCGCAUAUGCGGCAAGGUUUGCCAAAAAUUUGGGUCAAUAUAAAAAAAAAAGAAAGAAAAAAAAGAUUUGAGAUACAGGCGUUUAACCUGCAGUCGUUUUCAUUUGCAGUGUUUGAGAGCUAAUUCUGGCUCGUGUCACGCCUUGCUUUUUACACCCUGUCAUUUUAGAGGCUUAUCUGUGAUAGGUUACCACAUGCUCUGAACCUCCUAAAGCGCUCAGCUUAUGCGUAGAUAAGCUUUUAGCAAAAUAGCAAAUUUCCUCGCAUUGUAAUUUAGUGCAGGAAUGACUGACAGCUUCGUUUUGCCUGCUUGCUCGCAGCGUGGUGAAAACCUCCGGAUUGUUUUCAUGCCUUUCGGAUCCUGAAACGAGUGUGAUAAAGAAUGCAGGGUCUGCUCGACUCGUUGUCCUUGCCAGGUUCUCACAGGUCCUGUUUGUUUUGCUAGCAUGCGCACUUAAUGCAGGAGCUGUGAAAGAUGUCUCAGGACCGAGAUGCUUCUUUUUGUAACGACGUGUGUAUUCUCAUGUGUGUGUGUUGGGUUCUAAAAAUGUGUCUCAUUAUUUAUUAUGAGUCUUUUACAUUACCAUAAACAACCAGUGAAGGACAGCCAUGAAAAAGGAUUGCAUAUAUAUAUAUAUAUAUAUACUUACCAGCCACAUUAUUAGGAACACCUCCUUAUUCAUCCUGGUCGUGUUUUUAAGCAAAUUGGUAGAAAAAGACCCCAGGUGAAGUUUUUCCCCCAUCUUCAAAUGAUCUUGUGCCCACUCAGAUUCUUGUUCUUGGCUGGCAGGAGUGAGAACCAAUAUCGUCUAUUGGAGAUGAAGCAUUUUGCGGUUGUAAAGAGUGAUUGUCUUUACUUCAAUUUGUUUCUGUAGCCUUCCUGUUAGCUCAGAUUAAUCUAACCAUUUUCUGCUGUCCUACCAAAUCAGCAAGGUGUUUCCAUCUGCUGUGAAAUAUAUAUUUUCUGUCUGUGUUAGUUCCAGGAGUUCAGCAACCACAUGAUUGAAUAAUUAUGAAUGAGCAGGUGUGUAGGUGUUGUGUUCCUAAUAAAGUGGCAGUAAAUAAUAAACAAACAAAUCCCUCCUUGUGCUGUUUUGGGCUGCUUUAUGUGUUUAUCUGUCAUCAGAUAUGUUUUCCUACCAUUAUCUGAACCUCUGUAUUACAUUCUGUAAAUAAAAUUCGUAAGAAUCCUGAA